CGGGCCCAAGCCGCACCGCUGCCCCUUGGCACCCCUUCAAGCCAUCAUCAUGUCCAUGUUGGUCCGUGCCGUUCGCGGCACCAGCCAGCCUACCCUGCUGGCCUCCCGCUCGAUGAUGAGUGCGGCCUCGCGCAGCAACCCGGAUGCUUACGAUGAGCACGGCAACCGCCGUGUGACCGUCGCGUACGGUGAUGGCAUCGGCCCCGAGAUCAUGGAGGCAACGCUGCGCGUCCUCAAGGCGGCCGGCGCCAAGAUUGCCCCUGAAAUUGUCGAGAUUGGUGAGAAGGUCUACGAGCGUGGCGUCAGCAGCGGUAUCGACAAAGACGGCUGGGAAUCCCUCAAGCGCACCAACCUCUUCCUCAAGGCCCCCAUCACGACCCCUCUGGGUGGCGGUGUCAAGAGCCUCAACGUGACCGUGCGCAAAACGCUUGGCCUUUACGCCAACGUUCGUCCCGUCAAGUCGUACGCGCCCUUUGUGCCCUCGCUGCACGAUAACAUUGACAUGGUUAUCGUUCGCGAAAACGAGGAGGAUUGCUACGCCGGUAUUGAGCAUCGCCACACCUCGGAGGUGACCCAGUGCAUCAAGCUGAUUACCGUGCCCGGUACCGCCCGCGUCUGCAAGUACGCCUUUGACUAUGCUUUGACCCAUGGCCGCAAGCGCGUUUCGUGCAUUACCAAGCAAAACAUCAUGAAGAUCACCGACGGCCUUUUCCACCGCGUCUUCAAGCGCACUGCCGACCAAUACCCGACCCUUGAGAGCGAGCACCGCAUUGUGGACAUUGCCACUGCUCAGGUGGCCUCCAAGCCCCACCUCUUUGAUGUGAUCGUGACCCUCAACUUGUACGGUGAUAUCAUCUCGGAUGUUGCGGCCGAAGUGGCUGGCAGCGUCGGCCUCUGCGGAUCGGCCAACGUUGGUGAUCGUGCGGCCAUGUUCGAGGCCAUCCAUGGCUCAGCCCCGGAUAUUGCUGGCAUGGACAUUGCCAACCCCUCGGGUCUGAUCAACGGUGCCAUCAUGAUGCUGGGUCACAUUGGCCAGCGCGAUGUUGCUGUGACCAUCAAGAACGCUCUCCUCAAGACCAUUGAAGAUGGCAUCCACACCGCCGAUAUCUACCGUGAGGGCAAGAACUCGAAGCAAAAGGUCGGCUGCCAAGCCUUUGCCGACGCCGUCAUUGAGCGCCUGGGCCAGUUGCCCGUCAUCCUGCCUGCUGAGGAAAUCGAUCUCGAUUCGGACAGUGUUGACGUCCCCACCUUUGAGCUGCCUGAGCGUCCCGUCUUCACGCCCCCCUCCAAGAGCCUGGUUGGCUGUGACAUCUUUGUUGACUGGGAGGGCACCGGUCGUGACCCCAACAUCCUGGCCCAGCACCUCCAAGCCUGCGAGGGUGAUCAUCUCAAGCUCGAGAUGAUCUCCAACCGAGGCGUCAAGGUUUGGCCUGAUGGCAACCCCAACACCUACAAGGUCAACCACUGGCGUUGCCGCUUCACCAGCAACAGCCGCGAUCACCUGCCCUCAAACACUCACAUCUGCGAGUUGAUGCGCCGCAUGGACAACUCUCGCCUUGAUGUCAUCAAGACGGAGAACCUGUAUGAUUACAACGGCGAGGCUGGCUACAGCCGUGGUCAAGGCCACUGUGAUGGCGGAUUGUCGCCGUCUGUGUGUCUGUUGACUUUGUCGCUUCUCGAAGAUCGUGCCAUGUACCCGUCAUUGAUGUUUGCUGCUGUUCGUACUGCUGCGAUGCGCGUGACCGGCUCGGUCCGCUUUGCUUCGGCCAAGGCUGCGGCGCCCAAGAAGGAUAUCGUGCGUGACACCUUCGCCGACAAGCUCAAGGAGUACGGCAAGAAGCACGCCAAGAGCCUGGACGACCGUGUUGCCCAGGUUUUGGCUGAGCGCAUGGGUGUUGCCAAGAAGGCGUAAAUGUCCCUUCGAUUUGCCACCAUCUGCCCAUAAUUGCCUCGAUCUCUACUCUUUUUUUUUUUCCUUGAUCCUCCAGCCUGGACAACCCUCAGGGCUGAGGUCCCCUACCACCCUGAAGAAGCCCCAGUGGUGCCUGCCCGUGCUGCGCUCGUGUUGGCGCUGUCAUUUUGGCCAGGCCAUCUAGAUUGCACCAUAUGCAACAAUGAGGAUCGAUGCCCAUGAUGACACAUCCGUGACAUUCUUCUCCCAUCCCCACCCUUUCCCCCCGCCUAACUCCAUGUUUGCUUGCGCUGCAUGGAGCCUCAAUCCAAGAAUAUAUGCUC